AUGGUGGCCGCUGGUGGUGGGGGAUACGAUUAUAGUUCUGAUGGUAAUGCUAUUCCAGCUGGUUCUGGCGACGGCUUGAAAGGUUUUGAUGGCAAUGGAAAGGGAGGAAACCAAACAUCUGGAGGUGAUGGUUAUUAUAAGGGAUUUUUUGGUCUAGGAGGUGGAAAUGGAGAGAGAUUGAAUGCUUACCGCACUCCUGAUGGAAAUGCAGGGGGUGGUGGGGGCUAUUUUGGAGGAGGUACUUCAAAUAUUAUUGCUGGUGGCUCAGCAGGUGGUGGAAGUUCAUACAUAAGCGGUUACCCAGGAUGUAUUUCUGUUGAUAAAGAUUAUACUGAGAAUAAUCCUAAAUUUUCUACUACAGAAGAUCCUUCGAUCCAUUAUUCGGGAAUAAAAUUUGAGAAUCCAGUGAUGAUUGAUGGGAAAAGUCCCAUGCCUUCUCCGAGUCUUAAUGUAUCAAUUCCAGAGUUUGGUCAUUUAGGAAAUGGCCACGUAAUCAUUUCCACAGCUGAAAAAUAUGAUUAUCCAUAUUUUUCUCAAAUUACUGCAAUACCUUACAAAGUUAAAUGUUCAAUUCCAUUGAAAAUUGGACGCAAUUUUGAUGUUUUCUUCACAUUAUCUAUUGUGUUCUUGUCUCUCGGAUAA